CGCAAAAAAUACGACUUCCUAUGUGGAUUAUAAACGAGGUGGUGCCGCGGAGUCUAGUAAUAGCAGUCCGCGGUCUGAGCCAAAUGGUCAGUUGAUGGUCGCAAACAGUCGAGUUAGCGACGGUCAGUUUUGUAAUUGAACAGCCCUAUUGUGGGCUGUCAAAGGCUCAAAGCAUUCUUCACGAGAACAAAUUGAGAAGCCCAUCCCCGCAUUAAGAUGGAGUCGUUCUCUCUGAAAACAGUCGGCCUCGUGAUAGCUUCUUUUUCCAUCUUGUUCGCCUUGCAAAAGGCCAUCAGCUUGAAAAAGUUGCUCGCAGGAGUCGGAUAUCAUCCCGGAACUCGGACGCUUCUAUCCCAGAGAUCCACAAUCGCCAACCUUCUUCCCCGUCUUCCUGUCAUAAAUCCUGGGUGGAAUCAUAAGUUCAAUAACAAAUUCACGGAAUUCGAACAUUACGGGUGGGAUAUAAUUGCGAAUCUCUCAAUUCUACCCGAGGGGAUCACCGUGGAUGUCGCCAAUGCGGUAGCCAUCAAGGAAAUCACCACCUGGCGUGCACGUUUCCCGAAACCGGUAGAAGACUAUGAGGUUCUCAUGUUAUUUGGAAGUAACAUAGUUGUUACGGAAGGAGAACUGUGGAAGAAAUAUCGGAAGAUUGUUUCCCCAGCUUUCAACGACAGAAAUAAUAAGCUAGUCUGGGAGGAAACGGUCAAAAUCAUGGUGGACUUGUUUGACAGUGUAUGGCUAAAUCAGGAUGUUAUUCCUGUCAACCACAUCGUUGACCUUACCCUUCCUAUUGCAUUGUUCGUUAUCGGAGUUGCCGGAUUUGGUCGAAGAAUAUCAUGGCAAGACGACCUGAGUCUGCCACCUGGGCAUAAGAUGUCAUUCAAGGAGGCUCUAAGUGAAGUUUCCGAAGGAGUUUUUAUCAAACUGGUAUGUCCCGAACGGCUGGUGGGAUUCUGGGACAAGACGCGUAAAGUGAAAUUGGCGUUCGACGAAUUGGACCAAUAUAUGCAUGAAAUGAUCUCAGCUCGACAAAACGCAGAGAAGAAAGAAGAGCGUUAUGAUCUUUUUAGUAGUCUUAUGGAUGCGAACGACUCUCCGGGUUUCGGGCAAGCUCCGCUGACUGAGCAGGAGGUGAUAGGAAACAUAUUUAUCUUCCUGAUUGCUGGGCAUGAGACGACUGCACAUACUCUGGCAUAUACGUUAGGGCUUCUGGCAUUGUAUCAGGAAGAGCAGGAGAUCCUCUACCAGCAUAUCAAGUCGGUCAUUCCUGAUGAUCGACUUCCGACGUAUGAGGAAAUGCCUUUACUCACCCAGACAACGGCUGUUAUAUACGAAACUCUUCGAUUGUUCCCUUCGGUGAAUGGUGUCCCAAAAAAGUGUGCCGAGGACACCACGCUUGUUGCACAAAGUGCCGAGGGAGAAACUAAAGCCAUCUCUAUUCCUCGCGGAACCUCGAUUUCCAUCAACGUUAUCGGUUUGCAUUAUAACCCACGGUACUGGAAGGAUCCGUAUGAAUUCCGACCUUCGCGGUUCAGAGGAGAUUGGCCAAGAGAUGCGUUCCUUCCUUUCAGCGGAGGUGCUCGUGCAUGUAUCGGCCGAAAGUUUUCCGAAACGGAGGGAACCGUCAUACUCACCAUGUUGAUUUCAAGGUACAAAGUCUCUGUGAAGGAGGAACCUCAAUUCUCAGGGGAGACAUUUGAGGAGAAGAAAGCGCGGAUAUUUGCCAGUAAACCGGGAAUCACUAUUGCGCCCAUCCGAAUGCCCUUGGUCUUCACUCGUCGAACGUAGAGUUGCACAGGACCACUUUCGAGCUUUCGGAUCUCCUGUGUUGUAGUGCUCUUUGAAUCCCAGGAAUCUAUUCAUGAACGCUGACAGAUUGGCAUGAAUCUGUGUGUUAGCAUGUACGGUCUUCCUGAACGCUUUGUCGCGGCGUGAAUCGCUGUAAACCGCGUCGCACGCACCACACUUUCACAUCUCUCGGUCCAGUCUCC